ACUUUGACCUUAUGAGAUAACUUAAAUCUCCCUCAGGUUCGAUGAUGCCUGCGUGAUCGACCCCUCACUAUCCACGCAUUUACAUCUUUUCAUUCAUCGAGGCCAUAAUUAUUCGGCAUCUAUUCUUCAACCUUCAACAUGUCGGAAGAAGAGACAUCCCCAUUACUUUCCGCGGCGGCGAAAGGCAAGACGACGUCUCGUGAACGAGCUGGCUCUAGCGAAUCGACGCCCCUCUUAUCGAGUUCUUCCGGUACACCGCGUUACGAUGGAGAAAACGACGAGCGUGAUAGGGACGACGCCGUUUCGAUUCGAUCCCAACCCAACGAUGCGCCGACCCAAUCUCAACCGACUAAGAAGUCGAGAAGAUGGCCUUCGUUCAUUGCGAUGGGCAUCCUCGCGAUAGUUGUUAUUACCAUAAUUGUUCUUGCAUUUAUAGUUCCCGAGGCAGUUCAAGAGUAUGCCCAGGAGGCUACUGUUUUCGAACCUACCAAUCUCGCUCUCGAAUCCAUUACUAUGAACGGUGUACGAGUUCGGGUACAAGCAGAUUUCCAUCUAGAUGGAUCGAGGGUUAGCAACGAUAAUGUACGAAGAGUAGGAAAGGCUACGGGGUGGGUGGCUCAUCAGCUUGAGAGUCAUGAGACCAAGGUGGAUGUGCGUCUUCCGGAGUACGAUAACCUAUUACUUGGAAGCGCCAUUAUUCCACCUGUGGUGCUCAAUCUUCGAGAAGGCGACGUAACCAAGAUUGACUUCGUCACGGAAAUAACACCUGGAGGUGUGGAAGGCAUUCGUAUCGUUGCGACCAAAUGGUUUAAUGGUGAUUUGGACAAGCUACGUUUGAAUGGAGUGGCCGAUCUGAGUAUCAAAUCUGGAAUUAUCCCUCUCGGAACGCACACUAUAUCCGAAUCAUUUGUAUUUGAAGCGAACAAAGUCCCUGCCAUACCAAAGUAUAACAUUACUCGUUUUAAUGUCGCGGACGGGCCAAUGAAUGGAUCAAUGUUGGUCGAUGCUUCGUUGAUCGCAUUUAACGAAUAUCCGAUUAAACUCGAUAUACCCGAGCUUGCAUUUGAUAUUCUAGUACCUGGCUGCGCUACCGACGACCCAUUCAUCCUAGUAGCGGAAGCGGCUACGAGUGAGGUUCAUGUACUACCACGUUCUGACGUUAACGCCGAUGUCAACGCAGUUAUCCGUGAACUACCCGACUCUCUGACUCAUGUUUGCCCUGAUUCGACGUCGUCGCCGUUAGAUCUCCUACUACGACAGUAUAUGCAUGGCGAUCCUGCUACCUUGUUCGUCCGUGGAAGCAGUCAUCCAGACGGAGACACCCCGAAAUGGAUUGCGGAUAUCUUAUCUAGUGUUACUGUUCCUGUUCCAUUCCCAGGUCGAACUUUGGAUGGCUUGCUCAGAAACUUUUCUUUGACUGAUGUUCACUUUUCUCUACCGAACCCUGACGCCGGUCCUGAUGACCCGGAUGCUAACCCUCAAGUCUCGGGUAAUAUUCUAGUUACUGCGGGCCUUCCUUCCGAGAUGAACUUCGGUAUCGAUGUAACGAACGUCCGUGCCAUAGCAAAUGUGACUUACAAGUCGAAGAAAAUGGGAGAGCUAAAUCUACGAGAAUGGCAACAGGCUAAUUCAACCAGAGUUAAGGACACGGAGGGCGAUGGAGCUAUGCUCAUGAUACAGUCGCGCAUUGUCAAUGCACCCCUCAACGUCACUGAUGCCAAUGUUUUUGGCGAAGUCGUCCGGAAUUUAUUCUUCAGCACUACGGCAGUCCGCCUACAUAUCAACGCCUUGGUUGAUAUUAAAGUGCAUACUACACUAGGGAAUCUUACUCUUAAGGAUGUCCCCGCAGAGGGAAAUAUCCCAGUAAAACCCCUCCCCAAGGGCUCUAUGAAUAGUAUCAACCCGAAGGUCGGAUCUCUCCAGGUUCUCGAUACGACAUCAGACUCGAUAACGUUACAAGCAUUGAUUAAUAUGACUAACCCGACACCUUAUACCGCUCAUGUACCAUAUGUAAACGUCCAUGUUAUAAAUAACGGUUCGAUCCUUGGAAGCGCGACAGUGGAAAAUCUGGACGUUGUCAAAGGUCCGAACACCAACGUGCUGGUCACUGCGAAGUGGAAUCCUCCGAUGGGUGGCGAUCGUGGUCGAAAGAUUGGACGGAAUUUGAUAUCGCAGUAUUUGUCUGGUUGGAACACGAGCAUUACAGUCCAACCUCAUCGCGACAGCAUUCCAGGCCAGCAUAUUAUCUGCAAAGCUUUAUCGCAGUUCAAUAUGACUUUUGCAGCCCCUAAGUUGGACUUACCAGGCGACACACCCGAAGAGCGAUCGCACUUUAUUAGAGAUGCCACUUUCCACUUUUUCACGUCGACGGCUACUUUUACUCUUGUAUCACCAUUACAACACAAUACAUUAUACUUAGAUUUCGUUAACGCCACCGCAUUAUUUAAUCAUACGGAGCCGGUCGGACAGAUUGUGUACGAUUUACCAUUUUCAGCGCCACCCGGCAAAUCGCAGACACCCAGACUUCCCGUCUCGUGGUCCAUCGGCUCAGUUGGCUACGAUGCCGUCAAGAAGGCUAUCGGCGGGAAGUUGAAGUUAGACGCAUAUGCCGAUGUAGAUAUGCGGCUUGGAAAUUGGAAAGAAUCAUUAUGGUAUCGAGGAAAUGGCAUUGGAGCGAGCGUACAGCUGUGAUAUUUUUCAUCUGGCGUUUUGGGGGGUAUUGGUAGGCUUUAGAGAAUAACCCGAAUAGGGAAUGGCGCAGUUGGUUGUUUGAUAACGAGAUCGGAACAUAGGAUAUGAAUAUCAAGCGAAUCGUACAUUUAUCUUUUUUUCUCAUCUUUUCAUAAUGGACUUUUCAAGGAUGAAGGCUAUGACGUAGUUCGAUGUUCUUCAUGUUGGUCGCAAAGUCUCGAUACAU